UCACUGCCUAAAUCAGCUGAUAAAGUCACGUGACCCGACUGUCAUGGCGGUGCAGAUAACAGGGUGGUGUAAGUGGGACCGCUGACAUUUGCUCACUUCUGGACAAAAGCAAGCCGUGUUGAUGAACUCUCUGGAUGUCGACGUUGUAGACUGACACACCUGAGAAAGCGUGUAAUCAUGCAUCCUUUCGGCCGUGAGGAGGAGAGCUCCGUGCAGGACCUGUUUGUUUUUUUCACUCAGUGUUUACGGCACGGCGAGUGGGAACUGGCUGCCGCUUGUGUCCCACAGCUUAGUCAGACUGAAGGAGAAGUACCUCAUCGUCCUGCUGACAUCAUCACCGCAAUUAUCGCACAACCGUAUCAACUCGCGUGGAAGACAGCAGGAAGUCCUCACAGGCUCGCUUGGUUCUGGCUGAAGGUGCUGGAGAAACACUCAAAAGAAAAGGUGUCUCUCUCAGUCCACAGAGAACUGGCCUUCUUGCUGAUUUUAGAGGAACUCAGAGAGGAAGUGCCUCAUUCUGUACUAAAGGAGCUGCAUCAAGCCUUCCUGGAGUCCGAGCGUGUCGAGCGGAAAGACUCUGCCUUCGUUCCUCCUCUGAGCGAGGCAGCUCUCUCCUCCAUUCGCUCCCUGCUCUCUGAGCACAGCCCAUGCCUCACUCAUGCCUUGCUCUGCUUCUUAAAACACACAAAUGCGUCCAACGUCUUUCUCCAAUAUCUUCUGGACCUCACAAAGGAGAAGGAGGGAAAGCGGAGUGAGGCAUGGGCAGAGGAGGUGUGCAGCACUCUGGCUCUUGCUCCAUGUGCGGCAGCAGAGCUGGAUCAGCUGUGGGCGGGGCUAUGGACGGAGAGGGAGGGGCAUCUAAGUGAGGAGAGGGUGAUGGGGUGUCUGCUCCGACCUCAGAAUCACACACUGCUGCUACGCUACUGUGCAACAGCUCUGCGCCUCAGCAGGGACAGGCUGCUUAGAGAUGGAGUACACACUCGGGUGGACUUACCUGAAGCAGAGAGGCUCAUGCUUGCUCUGUGUUGUCAUGGUGAUCGUCAUGCUGCUUGGAAAACCAUCUACUUUGAGUGUUUGAAUAGCGGAAAGCACUUUCUGGAGCAGGUUCUGGUCACAGGUCUUGACCUCAUAAAGAAGGGAGAGUUUUUAAAACUAGAGGCUUUGCUUGGGGCGGAGUUUCAGCCACUUUCCCGAUUCCUGCUUUUGCUGGGAUGGAAUCAUUGCCAGAGCCUUGACUCCGCCCAGGAGCUCCUCAGGAUUCUGCAUCAACAACAGGCCAAAGACUCUGUCCUCAGCGAGAUUGCCAAUGUCCUCUCCUCUCAGUUAAAGGUGUUGCAGUGGUGUGCUGAAAACAACCUAGAAAUCUCCCAUGAUGCCUUGGUGUCUCAGCUGCACAAUCUGGAUCAUCACUCUGCUCUCUAUGUGCUGCACUCACUCACUCCUCUGGCCAAGUACCAAGAGCAAAAAGUGCUGGAGCUUCUGCAGGCCGCAGGAGAUUCUUUGCCUGGAGACACUCAGAGCUUUUUUCACAGCUGCUUCCAGCGCAACAUCACCAUGUUCAGGGGCUUCUGUGCCAUGAAAUACGCCGUCUGUGCCGUGUGUGUGAACGUGCGUACCGGCUGCUCAGAUUUUGGAUUGUUGACACAGAAGGUACCUGCACAGAAGGAACAGACUGAAGGUCACGUGUCCCUGUUUCAGCAUUACCUCUCGGAGUGUCAGCUCUACUUGGAAGCGGUUCCUACAAUGUUUAGGCUGGAGCUCCUGGAGAACAUCUUCUCACUGCUGUUCUUGUCCUACUCUGACUUUGCCGAGCCGAAUCGCUCCGGUGCGGAGAGGAAACAGGGAAACAGCAAGGAAGAGAACAGAGAAAGAGAAGCAUGUGAAGAAAAGCCAGACUCGCGUGUAAAGCCUGGUCAGAUGGCGCCGAUCUGCCGCGGCUUCCUGCUGGACCCAGGCGCAAUGGAAGGAGUCCUCCGUCUGAUCAGAGAGGGACUGGAGGGGAUGUGUGCCCUCGGGAGGGCUCUGGAGGCCGAGGCAGAGCUGACUGAAAGUCUGGGCUGCUCGGUUACUGUGGAGACGUUCAGCUCUCGGUUACAGAGGCUUUCCAAACACACGUCUGAGGCUCAGUGGCGGCUGCAGAUCGUCAUCACCAAUCAGGAGAAGGCAGGCGGUGGUCCUGCUCUACCCUCCCUAGGCAUUAUCUCCACUCGCUCUCUGAGGCGUAGCAGCAGCAGCAGUGUUUCUGGUGUCAGGAAGAAGAAACGAUCCCAUCGCCAGCGCUCUGACCGACGCCUGACCUCCGACCGACGCCUGACCUCCGACCGACAGAACGGAGAGAUCAGCACCAGCGCUUCAGAGGGCAGCGGUGCCACCGUACCAACGUGUAUAGAGACUGAAGUGUGUGUAUGUGGAGAACCUCACAGCUGGCUCGUUCCCUCCAUGCUCUCCCCACCUGAGUCUCUCCUGAUCUGCUGCAUACGCAGAGGAAACUACGUGGAGGCCCAUCAGGUGAUGCUGAUGUUCGGGCUGGAGGACGCCCCGUGCUCUGGGGAGCUUCUCUUCAUGGAGCGCUACCAUGAGGUUUUGUCUGAGCUCGCUCAGGUUGAGCAGAAGAUCGAGAGCCAGUCCCUUUCUUCGUUAUGCUCGUCCACUGAGAGUCUGGGGUCAGUCGGGGUGACGGGACCGGGACGGAGCCGCCUGGGCAGCAGCAGCAGAUCCACUCUGCAGAGCAUUGGCAGUGCAGCAGCAGCAGGCAUGGCGUUCUACUCCAUCUCCGACGUGGCCGAUCGCCUCCUGAGCUCACCGUCUCGCCCUCUAGCCUGCUUGGAGGAGAAUUAUUGGCUCUCUCACCCUCUCGCUGACCCCUCAGACCCCCUGCGACCCCUGCUGGAGGAGCUGAGUCCGGCCGCCAUGGCCGCAUUUGAUCUGGUGUGCUGCCAGUGCCAACUGUGGAAGAGCUCACGGCAGCUUCUGGAGACGGCUGAGCGGAGACUGCACACGUCUCUGGAGAGUCGAGGCAUUACACUGGAGCGAGAUCUUCGUCAUCCUGAAGGUAUUCAGGGUUUUCCUUCUGUACUGCAGCAGAUCAGUAAAAUACUGAACAGAACAUCGAGCAGCAAAGGGCCACCAACAUCAGACGAGGGUGGAGUCGUGCCUCCGUUCGGCUGUAGCGCUCAGGAAGUCCUCCUCUGUACUCACACGUCUCUCACGGAGGACGCCAUCGCAUCCCGGCUCACGCUCGAUCAGCGCCUCGAGGUCACGCUGCAGACUCUGACUUCCGCCAUCGACAUGGCCGGUGAGAGUCAGUCAGCCAGCUCUGUCCUGGCAUCUCUGUCGGAACAGGCGGGUCUGAAGCAGCCCGAGCUCGACUCUCACCCGGUGCGCUCGGCUAUGAAACAGCUGCUGCGCUCGCUGGACCAGCUGUGCCCUUACGAGCCGGACGGCGCCACGUCUAGGCCAGACUACAUGCGUAGCUUCUUGGAUUAUAUUAACAUGCUGGCGUCGGUGCUGGUGCGCAGCCUGGGCUCCGAAGAUCAGAGUGCUGCAGUAAAAUUGGGGAAUCCUCUGCUCGUACUGCUGCAGUCACCUCAUCAGCUCCUCUCACACCUGCUGUUCGACAGACAGGUCACACCUGACAGGUUACUGUCUCUUCUGCAUCAGGAGGGUCUGCAUGUAAACAUCCAGCAGGUCAUAGUGCAGCGCUGCUGUGAUCCGCUCCCUCUCUGCAUCUCUCCAUCCAUGAAAGGUGCAGGAACUGAUGGAGGAACUUUCUCUCUAUCCAGCAUCACUUCUCUCCUCCAUCAGCACGCUCAGGAGCGAACUCUUCUCUUUGACCUUUCUGAACCGCCCACGGUCUCUGAACCGAGCUCGGAAUCUGAGGCGUCGGUUGAAACCAGCAUCUCCGCUAAUCUCUCCACCUCGCCUCCAUCUCCAUCUUCGUCCUCAUCCUCGUCUUCAUCUUCAUCAACAUCAUCCUCUGCUUCUUCUUUCCUCCUCACACCCUCUGCUCUGUUGUUCCUGAAAUCCCGUUCUCCUCUGGUCGCCGUCCUGGCGUUGCUCGCCGUGAGUCGGGUGGAGAUCGCCCGUGUGGCCUCCUCUGCGUGGCCUGGACUACCUUCGUAUUUCCGAAGCACUUCACGUAAAGAAGCUCCGCUAGACAUGGAGCAGAUCUCCAAAGAGGCUGAAGCUUUGCUCAUGUCCUUCCCUAUCCUCAAGGCCUUCCUGGUGGACAUGGCGGUGCCCUUGCUGGGGUCGUCUCCGGAUUCCGAGGACGGCGUAGGAGCAUCUCUGAGCAGGAAGUCAGGAACAUUGGCCGUGCUCUUCUCCGGGUCUCAGGAUGGAUCGGGUCAGACUUCGGUGGCUGAAGCUUUCCAGCAGGCUUUGAGUACCAGAGACCUGAACCGAGCUCUGAGUCUGCUGGAGCUCUAUGCACAAAACUGCAGCCAGAAGGGGGCGCUACGGGACAGACUGCUUGCGUGUAACACCCUGGAGGUAGACUGUGGUAACGAGCAGCUGUUCCGUGUGAAGGACUGGGAGCUGCGAGCCCAUGUGGUGCUGCAGGGUUUGGAACGAUGGCCUCUUGACCGCUGCCUGGAGCUGCUACAGUUCUGCCUCAGUGACUCGAACCCAGAUCACACUCUCACAGCGCAGCUGCGGCAGAAAAAACAAGAACUUGACAUGUACAACAGGAUGCUGAAUCUUGAGCCUGGACUGGAGUGGCAAACCUGGAAGGAGUUGAAGGAGGAGUCGAGCAGAAACCCUGAGUCCAUGUUCUCCCUGUUGCUGCAGACACGGGAGUUUGAUUUGUGUGCUCAGUGGGUGCAGCUGUAUCCUGUAUCAGAACAAUCUAGACUGCAGCUCCAGACUGAACACCUGCUCUAUCUGCUGGAGAACGGACAAACCGAAGCAGCCUUCCAGCUCCUGGAAAGCCUCUCUGAUUCGCUGGAGGUUAGCGAGCGUGCACUAGAUCAGAGGCCUGGAUUGUCUGCCUGUCACUUCCUGUCUGAUUACCUCACGCUGCACUUUCAGAGCCGUAUGACGCCGGCACGUCGACGCCACAUACACGCUCUGCACCUGGGCUCUAAGGUGUUGCUGACUCUUCCGGAAGCUUCUCGUCAGACCUACUUCCAGCUGCUGGCAGACCCUCUGCUCAUGCUGGAGCAGCUGCUGAUGAACCUGAAGGUGGACUGGGUGUCGGUCGCCAUCUCCACCCUCCGGAACCUUCUACCAGCUCAGGAAGCAGGAAUCACCAACCUGGACAUCGACACGCUGCUGGCAGAUUACGCAAAGAAAGCCCUGGACUUCCCUUAUGCCCCCCGAGAGUGGACACGCAGCGACUCGGUGAUCAGCUUACAGGAUGCGCUGCUGCAGUGUCCCGUACAGGAAAGUGCACCGCCGUCUUCACCCAGCCGCACGCCGCCUCCAUCAUCAGCUGGCACUCCUAUGCAUACACCAUCAAGCUCCGCCCCUGACCAAGAGAGAGGCUCGAGUGGGAAGAAGCCACGCCCCUCAUCCAUGUUCACUCCUCCAGAGAAAACGCCAGAGCGUAAAGACUGGAUUCCUGACCACCAGAGACACAUCUGCAUGGUCUGUCAGAGAGAGAGAUUCACUAUGUUUAACCGGCGGCAUCACUGCAGACGCUGCGGCCGUUUGGUGUGUCACGCCUGCUCCAGCAGGAAGAUGGUGGUGGAGGUGAAUGAGGAACCAGUGAGAGUGUGUGACCAGUGCUACAGCUUCUUCCACACAGCUUCAGAUGAAGAGCUGGAGCAGGCAGAAGACAGUCCGGUCUCGGCUGAGGGAACGUUAGACGGUGUCCUCUGUCUCCCUGAGGUUCCUCAAAGGCAGUACAGACUCAGUCCUGAUGCAACGGAGAACCAGCAAAUAAUCAACGAAUUCUACUAUGAACAGGCACCCAGUGCGUCCCUGUGUGUGUCCAUCCUCACCCUGCACAGUGACCAUGCCGCCUGCGGUCAGCAGCUGAUCGAUCAUUGCUGCUCGAUCUCACGCAAACUGACCAAUCCCGAGGUGGACGCUCGUCUCCUGACUGACGUCAUGCAGCAGCUCAUGUUCAGUGCUAAGCUGAUGUAUGUUAGAGCUGGACGCAGUCACGACCUGGCUCUGUGUGACAGCUACAUCAGUAAGGUGGACGUGCUGAAGAUCCUGGUCAGUGCUAACUAUAAGUACAUCCCGUCUCUGGACGACAUUUUGGAAACUUCGGCAGUGACCCGUCUGAGGAACCAGCUGCUCGAGGCUGAGUAUUAUCAGCUGGCUGUAGAGGUGUCCACUAAAAGUGGUCUGGACCCGAGCGGCGUGUGGCACGCGUGGGGCAUGGCGCUCCUGAAGGCCGGAUGUCUGAGUGCAGCUCGGGAGAAGUUCGCCCGAUGCCUGAAAGCUCCAGUGGACAGAAACCAGCUUAACCUCGGGUCACGAUUGCUGCAGGAGAUCAUCCAGCACCUGGAGUCUACCGUCAGACUCACGCCGAGCAUGGCAGUAGACGAUGACAUCCUGAUGUCCUUGACUGAGCUGGAGGAGACUCUGCGCGAUCCUGCACCGGUGGACCGGACAGAGAGCCGGGCGCAGCGCUUUGGAAACCAUCAGGAGUGUGUGUACUACCUGAUAACCUACGGCACGCACCUGAGCCUCAUCUCGUUCUACCUGCGUCACGACUGCCUGAAGGACGCACUCGCGUAUCUGCUCAGCAAGGAGUGUACAGAGGAGGUGUUUCUGGAGGGCAUUCUCCAGCCGUGUUUGGAACGAGGCCGAUUGGGGGUCCUGCAGGGGCUCCUGGAGACUCUGGACGCUACGUUGGAGAGCUGGGGCCGAUACCUGAUGUCCGCGUGCCAAAUGCUCCAGCGCAAGGGUUAUUACCACACGCUGUACCAACUACAGCAGUUUAUGAUGGACCACGUGCGAGCGGCUAUGACGUGUAUCCUCUUCUUCUCGCACGGCGCUCACUCCUACGUGCAGCUGGGUGAGCAGCAGCGCUGGCUGGUCCGGGCCAAAGAGCACCUGAGGGCCUUCCUACAAGAGCAACAGAACCGCCGCAAAACCUUUUCAUCUUCCUCCUUCAGGAAAAAAAUGAGCUCCAGUGACGUCUCCAGACACAUGAACACCAUCAUGCUGCAGCUGGAAGUGACACGUUUUCUGCAUCGAUGUGAAAGCUCCUCCUCUAGAGUCACCACAAGCCCCACCCCUACAGGCAACAGUGCUCCGCCCACUCUUUUUGGAGGAAGUCCCAUGAAGGUGGAUGUGGCCUGCAGGGUGAUGCUAGGAGGCAAAAAUAUUGAGGAAGGGUUUGGCAUCGCUUAUCGAGUCAUACAGGAUUUUCAGUUAGACGCUCAGGCCGUGUACAUGCGUGUUGGUCAGCGGUUGGUGUGUCUGCGUGAGUACCAGGCUGUGCGGCAGCUGCUGAAGUGUGUGAGCGAGUCCGGCAGCGCCACCAAACACGACUGCGACACCAUUGUGCUGAACUGUGUCUCAGCCUCGGACAAAAACCCCGCUGACGCCAAGGAGUUGGAGGCUCUGAUUUUAGAGUCCAAAUCCACAGAGAAUAAAAUAAAAGCGUACCUGAUGUGCGGUAAGCUGAGGGCGGCGUAUCUCCUGGCAGUAAAGAUGGACCCUGUGAAGGCGUGUUUGCUCGUACAGGAUGUUCUCCAGGCCGCUGAGGUCUCCAGCGACGCUGUCAUGCAAGACAUCUGCCGUCAGUGGCUCUCGGAACACCGGAAGCCGGCGUCACAGCAACGCCACGGCAACAACAGGUAGCAGGCGGCCUGAUUUCUGAUGGUCUGUAGCUGGAGGUGAAUCACCAACGUGCCCCAUGGUGUCACAUGAUCAGCUCAUGUGACUUUAGCUCCAGAUGUGAAUUUAGACGUUUCUUUUUAACUUGUUGUAUAGUUAAUAGGAGCAGAGCUGUUAAUUACAGGGUAAUAUGACUUUAUAAAAGCCAGUACAGACCCAUCAUGGCAUCAUUAAAAACCACUCAAUAUUAUGCACCUAUCUGAAGCCAGUAGACCCGAACGGUCCAGCCAAAAAUACAGUACACACAAUCUCUCAAACGACUCCAGAUUCAGUCAUGCCAGGAUCGGAGGUUGGAUUCUAGAAGCUACCAGUUUAUGUUCUUACAAACUGCGCACAUAAAUCAUCAUUAACCUGCUUUAUAGAAAACCAUUUGUACAUAAAGUUUCCUGGAAAAAAAAUGUGGCUAAGACUGUUUUUAGCGCUGCAAUGUCUUUUUGUUCAAGUAUUCAGCAGCAUCCAGUAUUAGCUUGGUCUUAAUGUCCUACCUCAGACAUGAACAGGGUGCUUCCUUAUGGCUCCUUACUGACUCUGGUCUGAUUGUCUGUCCAAAACCACACCUUAACUAUCAUGAAGUGCACUAUUUAGGGAGGUUGGUAAAUCAUUUUAUUUGUAUGUGCUGGAGGAGGAUUCAGACAUGGGGACAGUUUGUUAGACAGCUAGCAAAGUAUUUCUGACUACAGGGUAAUUAAAUAUUCCAGCUAGCAAGCACACGAGCUAAUCGAGAGGGCUUUAAGAAGUCAUAUGUGUGUUGUCAGAAACUUUCCAGAUAAAAUUACCUGCCAUAUUUCUGCCAGAGCUUAGCCAUAUUCCCAGUAGCAAACUGAACAAGCUAGCUAGCAUGCGCUAACCCUUCUAGGCUGUACUAAUCUGACAGGAUUUGAAGUAAGGAUUUUACCUAGCUAGCAUAACUGACCCUGGCAGUCAUAAGGGGACGCUGCAAACAGUGCAGAUGUGUAAAGCACUUAUUAAAGGUUCUAAUGCUAACAAGGUAUCUGAACAUCGAAUCUGUUGUAUGAUUAAAACGGAUUGUAAACCUC